AUGGUUACAAAGAAUGAUAUAGGAAGAAGGGUAAUUGUUGGUCGAGUUGGAACAGGCACAUUGCUAUAUGUCGGAGAAGUGGAUGGAAGGCAAGGGCUAUUUUGCGGGAUUGAACUGGAUCGACCUGAAGGCAAACAUAAUGGAACAUAUCAAGGCACUGCUUAUUUCCAUUGUAGUGAACAACAUGGUAUAUUCGCUCCAUUAUAUCGAGUUGAACUUUACAAUGAGCUUUAUCAUUCUUCGAUACCUCAACCCGAACAAGUUAGUCAUCAAUUUCUUUAA